GGCUUCAAAGCAGCGUUUGCCAGAAGCGUGUGCUGUUGAGUUUUCUAUAACUAUAAAGCGCCGUGUCGCCGACGGGAAUGUUUUCUAGUCGUCGGUGAUGAAGAUAAUAAUAGUACCUAGCACAGACGUGAAGGUUUAAGGCCCAGUAUCGUCUGUUCUAGAAACCAGCCAUGAACUAGUACACGCGUUUGGGCAGUGCAUUGUAUACGAGCUUGUAUCCGCCAUACCCUGCUCGCGAAGAUGCCGACUGUGUCCGCAGGGGCGAAAGAGCUGUACCUGUCCACGUCUUUAGGUGAACUGAACAAGAAGGCGGAGGUCAAGCCAGACAAAUGCAGCACCAGAAGUUAUGUUCAGAGUGCCUGUAAGAUCUUUAAAGCUGCAGAAGAGUGUCGCUUGGACAGAGAUGAGGAGAGGGCAUACGUACUGUACAUGAAGUACCUGACUGUGUAUGAUCUCAUUAAAAAAAGGCCGGAUUUCAAGCAACAACAGGAGUUUUUUCUGUCUAUACUUGGGCCAUCAAACUUUAAAAAAGCCAUAGAGGAAGCUGAGAAGCUAUCGGACAGCCUUAAGCUCAGGUAUGAAGAGGCUGAGGUGCGCAAAAGACUCGAAGAAAGGGAAAGGCAGGAGGAAAAGAAAAGGAAGGAGGAGAAAUCUGAAAAGGAAUCCAGGAAGAGCUCUUUAAAAGAGACAGCAGAGUCCAAGAAAGAAAAAUCUAAGCUUAAAGGGAAUCAGAAGGAUGGGCGAAGUGAGACUUCAAAAGCUGCUGCACCCCCUGGGGGCAUCACAGCUGAGAAGCUCUUCCAAAUGUUGAAGGAUCAGAGCAUGAGUGUCAUUGUCAUGGAUGCCAGGAGCCUUCAGGAUUACCAGGAGUCACGGAUUCAAGUGCCUGAACAGGGCUGUAUCAGUGUUCCUGAAGAGGCAAUCAAACCAGGAAUAACUGCCAGUCAGAUUGAGCCGAAGUUGCCUGAAGAGUCCAAAGCACAGUGGAAGAAGAGAGGUUUUGUGGACUACAUUGUCCUGCUGGACUGGUUCAGCUCUGUGAAGGACCUAAAGCUGGGAACAACACUGCAGAGCCUCAAAGAUGCACUGUUUAAGUGGGACAGCACAACCAUCCUCCGGAGUGAGCCCUUGGUGUUAGAGGGAGGCUACGAAAACUGGCUGCUGUUCUACCCGAUGUACACAUCCAAUGCCAAAGUCAAAGUACCAAGGCAGGAGAGGACCGAAACGCUCCCGAAUUUAUUGACCUUCAGCUACCCAUCUUUAGAAGAGCCCAAGCCCCCUGCCCCCCCAGAGCCGGAACCGGAGCCUCCUGUCGAGGUGAACGGGAAGAGCUCUGCUGAUGAGGAGCUGCAAAAGGAGGGGGCUGAAGAGCAGGAGGCUCCCGCAGUGCAGUUGGUGCCAGAGCCUGCGGCCUCUCCUGUCUCUGCGGCCGGACUAGGACAGGUGUCUGGGAGCCAUCCUGCAGCUCCAGCAAAACCCAUUCCGCAGUUUGACCGCACUAAAAAACCUUCCGCCAAAGUGCUUGAUGGUGCCCAAGCAAACAAUGAUGCCCCAGUGAAGGACCAGCAGCCAGUCCAGAAUGGGCCCUUCGUUCCUGACCGCUCGAUAAAGCCGACGCUCGAUCUCGGCGACAAAGCCAAGAGAGAGAAGGAGCAGCACGCACGAGAGAGGCUGGCCGAGGAGGAAGAGGAGAGGCUGAAGGAGGAGAAAGAGCGGCGUGAGCGGGAGGAGAGAGAGAGGAGGGAGAAGGAAGAGAAGGAGCGCCGACUCACAGAGGAGCUGGAAAGGAGACGAGACGAGGCCAAACAGGAGGAGCGGGAGAAGAAACCCAAGGAGGAGCGGGAGAAGAAGAGCCAUCACGCCCCUGAUGCAAAGGCGAAGACAGUGUCUCGUGAGUCUUCUCCAGAUCACCGCCCUGUCGGUGACACCAAGGUUCCUAUACAGCCUAAUAAUCCACUAGAGAAUGGAAUCCAAAAAGCAAGGAUUGUAAAAGAUAACACAGAAGAAGACAUUGAAAAACCGAAGCGUGAGCCCCUGACCCGAGCUCGAAGCGAGGAGAUGGGAAGGACAGUGCCUGGGCUGCCAGACGGCUGGAUGAAGUUCUUGGACACUGUGACCGGUACCUACCGUUACUACCACUCCCCUACCAACAGGGUGCACCUGUACCCCCCUGAGAUGAGUGUGACACAGACACCUCCUGCCACGCCCCCCACCCUCAAGCAGAAGCAGGUGCGGUUGCCGGAGGCAGACCGAGAGCACUCCAAACUGAAACGCUCCUAUUCCUCACCUGACAUAACCCAGGACAUCCAGGACGAGGGCAAGAAGAAAGUGACUGUGACUCCCGCCAUCAACAGAGAGACCAAGCCACUCAGUCUCACCCCUUAUACCAAAGCUGAAAUCGCACGCCCGUCUGCGGCCAAGAUCCGGAACAUGAACCCCGUGUUCGGGGCUCCGGGGAUGUGUCUCACUGGACUGCGCAACCUGGGGAACACCUGCUACAUGAACUCCAUCCUGCAGUGUCUGUGCAACACUCCCGGCAUGACUGACUACUUCAACAAGAACUACUAUUUGGAAGAUAUUAACAGGUCUAAUAUUCUGGGGCACAAAGGUGAAGUUGCAGAGGAGUUUGCAGUGAUAAUGAAAGCUCUGUGGUCAGGGCUGUAUAAGUGCAUAAGUCCUCGAGAUUUUAAAAUCACCAUCGGGAAGAUCAAUGACCGGUUCACAAGCUGUGAUCAUCAGGAUUCGCAGGAGCUUCUGCUUUUCCUAAUGGAUGGGCUGCACGAAGACCUGAAUAAAGCUGACAACCGAAAGAGGUACAAAGAAGAAACCAAUGACCACCUGGAUGACUUCAAAGCAGCAGAGCUGGCCUGGAGCAAACACAAGCUGCUCAAUGAGUCCAUCAUUGUGGCGUUGUUCCAGGGCCAGUUCAAAUCUACCGUGCAGUGUCUGACUUGCCACAAAAAAUCCCGCACCUUUGAAACUUUCAUGUACCUUUCUUUGCAACUAACAUCCUCAAACAAGUGCACCCUCCAGGACUGCCUGAAGGCAUUUUCUAAAGAGGAAAAGUUGACAGACAGCAACAAAGUUGAGUGUAACAACUGCAAAACUCGUAGGGAUGCAACCAAGAAGUUAGAAAUCUGGAAACUGCCUCCUAUUCUAUUAGUGCAUUUGAAACGGUUUUCCUACGAAGGGAGGUGGAGGCAGAAACUGCAGACAUAUGUGGAUUUCCCCCUAGAAAAUCUGGACCUGUCCCAGUAUGUCAUUGGUCCCAAGCACAAUUUAAAAAGAUACAAUCUCUAUGGAGUGUCUAACCACUAUGGAGGUAUGGAUGGAGGCCACUAUACUGCCUACUGUAAGAAUGGCUUAAAACAACGCUGGUACAAGUUUGAUGACCACGAUAUAUCAGAGCUUUCUGCUUCUUCUGUCAAGUCCUCAGCUGCCUACAUCUUAUUCUACUCAUCUCUGUAACUGCAGGAGUCUAAGGCGCCUGUGUAUUAAUUACUGCAUGUUUCCAAGCUGCUUCUACAGAAGACCUGAGAGGUCAGCAGCCUCUUGCUGGGGAUCCAGAUCACAGUAGGCAGGGAUACUUGUUUUUUCAUACAAAUCAGAGGACUACAGCUGCAGGGGGCAUCUGUCUCAUAUAGCUGCCAUGGAGUUGAAAGAUCACUAAGGAGUUUUCACACUUCCUUUAACGAUAUUAGUGACUGUAGUAAGAAGAGCGUACUCUGCCUCAUGACCAGUGUAAGAACAAUUGAAAACACUUUAUUACACCAUCGAAAACUGUUAAAACCUGGUCUUUAACACUUUGUUGUACACUAGUUUGACUAGAAUCCCUAAACGUUCUGAUUCUGUUCUUUCUUGGUUUCAAUGUGAUGGCCUUUUUCACAUUACUGACCUUAAGCUUUCCUGUACUGUGAAUAUAAUAGAAUGAACAGAUAGGAAUGCAAAUGUACAAAGUGAUUGCAAAUCUUGCACAUUAAACCUGUGUACAUAUUGUUAAAAUGAGAGAAGUUCCCUUAUUCGCCAGUCUCCGAAUAUGAAAGGAGUUGCAUGCUUGAUAUCGCAGGUAUUGUAAAGUAUACUGCUUGGCUUACUCUUCACUAUACCUAAUGCAGACUUUUGUUAUUCAAAUGGCUUUUUGCAAUAUUUGUGAGAAUGAGUUUGAAUACGGGACCACUUGUGUUGUAGUACUUAUCCGAGUAUAUAAUAUGAUAGAAUUACCCCAGCACUAACGGGAAAAAAAUCUUAAAUCUGCUCCGCUUAGAGGUUAUUUUCCUAUUUUCAUUUUUUGUACUGUAUCGCAGUAGUGUUGGUCCCAGGAGUAAGUUGGAUCACACCUCACAGAUAUAUAUUUUUGGUUAGUUUUUAAAUUGAUCAUCUGGUUUCAUUCAGGAGCGCUGAAUUUCUCCAGUGUAAACCAUUAUCAUUCCAGCGCAGUCUCCUUCUGUGGUGGAGGGGCACAUGAAUUUGAACAGCAAGGCUGCUGACUGAGCUCAGCUGCUGGGGGGGGGUGCCUGGGAGGUCUUUAUGAGAAGAGAACGCACCCAUGGCAAACCUUAAACCUUCCAUGCAAGGAAAAUCAAAAUGCAAAAUUGCUCAUUUUGGAAUGUUCAUGUUUUCUCGGAGGUAUAAACAGUGUCCAACAUUUAAGUUUCUAUUUUUUUGUUAAAAUCUUUUCUUUGUAUUCUGUGAAGAUUUUUUUUUAAUCUUUAUAGAAUUAUAUAU